AUGUCGACAUCAUUUGAUAUAGUUAAUGCUGCUAAUCGUCGUUAUGAAGAACUUUUUAAUGCUGGUAAACUUGAUGAAUUAGUUAAUCUUUAUACAGUCGAAGGAAGACUUUUACCAUAUGAUAAAAAUAAAUAUGAAGGACGUGAACAAAUUAAAAAAUUUUUGCAAGCUGCACGAGAUGCCGGUUUGGAUAACUUACAUUUAACAACAGAAACUGUCUUAGAAGCAGGAAAUGACCGAUUAAUUGAAACAGGUUCAUAUCAACAUUCAUUAGUUGUUGAUAUUGAAUUGUUUGAUCGAAAAUUGAGUAAUUAA